CUGAAACACGCUCAGUUGCCCUAGUUUUAACCAAAUCUAAUCGGAUUCAUAUUUUCUUACAACGUUACGUUGCACAACAACGAGCUUCGAACGAAAUGAAGUUACAGAAACCAUCGAAUCGUCAUUGUUUUUAUCGUGAGAUUUGAAAUUUGCAAUAAAACAAGCCGUCCUGUUCUAAUUUUGUUUGCGAAUAAUGCUUCGAUAGAACCUCACGUGCAUUCCGGUAAGUUACUUUACGCAUAAACAUAAAUGCAUUGACCUUGUGAUUUUUCCACGACACGUUUUAUUAUAUUUUGACAGCCAUGAAAAAAAAGACAAGCGACAGGCUACAUCAAACCAGACAGUACCGAACGCUUAAUCGUGAGGUUUCCGUUAAGUAGACGGUAGCAGCUUAAUCUCUUACUAUUCCAGCGUGCAUCGGAAACCCGAUUACACUGUCCAACGCCAAUUUUAUUUUACAAUAUCCGCUACGUUAUCCUUAUAGAGUUUUUCGUCCUCGAUCGCUAUCAAUUGUUGAAAACCAUGAUUUUCAGUGAAAAUAUCGGACGAUCGAGAGAAAAUCCAGAUCGAUGACGUUGCCCUACUAAAAUUCGCAAAGGAAGGAAGAAACAAAGAGCAUUCAGAUAUUCGUGAUAGACUUUUGGAACUUGAAGGAUUAAACGUGCAUUGCAUAAUAAACUACUCGUACGAAUAUAAAUUUCUCUCUACGUGAAUAUCUUUUUUUUUAAUUAAUUUCAUUUGCAAUUAAUGCAGGCUGCGAUACGUAGAUAAAUUCAUGGAAGAAGAGGUCGAUUCUCGGACGAGUUACGAUACGUACGAAUCCGUAAAAAAUCGUAGAAACGUUAGGGGAUAGACGAAGCGGACGGAUAUCGUUAUCGUCGGCGCUCUUCAUUCGAAAACGUAACUUUCCCGUUCGCGAAUGGCAAGAGCGUGAUUGCGCAGUGAAGAGUACCCACGGUGAACCGUACCAGCUGUCCAACUACCAGUGCAGCGAAUCUGUGUCAGUCAGGCCGGGCUGCGAAGCAGGUGCUGAACGCGGGAGUCGACGGUCAGUGUUCGUCGGUGUUCCAGCCGGGUCUGGUGGUGCAAGGCCUAUCUCUGGCCUAACGCCGGCGAUUAGUCGCUGACAACGGGGGACCAAAUUCGGUAGAGAGGAGUCGCGCGUACACGGGCGAACCUCGUUUCCCGAUAUAAUCGUCCGCGUAACAGGACGAGCUAAAAUAGUAGUAACGAUGAAAACGAUUUACAACCACCGAGGGAGCACCGCGUAGGAAGAACAACGAAACAUCGUGCGAUCCUUCGGGACGAUCGUCCUGCAACGAACGAUGCCACGCGUCUCACGGACUUGUUCGACGUUGGAGAGAGCCGAGAAGAACGGAAAAAUGAAUUUUCGUUUUUGAGAAGGAAAGCUCAUUGUCCGAAUGAAAGUCGGGACUCGCUGAGCCUCUAAUGGUGACAACGAACGCCUGUUUCACCGCGUAUGUGUACGGUUCGAUGCAACGAGCACGUUGAAGCAUCGCGAACGAAGGCAUAGGGAAUUAUUUAUUACCCGGCGGAGCGGAUACGGCGGUCGACGAUCCGAAACGGCGCGCGGCGGGGCAGGGAACUCGCGCAAAAUGUUCAACCUUUAUCAGAAUUUGAACAAGAGGGACGACGAACACAAGGAACCGGUGGUCACCGGGCACGACAGAUUCUGGCAGGAACGUCCGAAGACGCGGCGAAAACGUCGUGCCGUCAAUCGAAGGACCCAGAGUGCCAUCGAACUCGAUUCCGAGGCUAUAGUAUCCGCGCGGGGAACUCUGCGCCGUGGAAGAAGCGCGAGCAUCGAGGACGAAGACAGCGACGAUGAGAAGGGCUACCAGUUGACUAAUAAAAUCGACAAUCUAGCAAAAAUAUUAUUUAGUCGCGUGUCCGCCGCAAGGGGCUGCAAGGAGUCCGAUGUCAGAAAUGGAAGACACAAUUACACGGCACUGGGUCACGGACCGUCCGUUUGCGAGGACGUCGGCGAGUACAUGGAAAUGGAGAGAAGAUCCCGAGACCGUGCCUUAUCAAUCUGUCAGGUUUAUAUCCGAGGAACGCCGCGCUACAGUCUCAUCAAGCAGCUGAAUAAUCUCGGCUCGAGAAUGGACAAACACUGGUUCGCGGUGAGAGACAACUCCCUAAAGACCGACCGGCUGAUCACGUUAGCUCCAUUGAGCAAAAACUGUUCGUUAAGCAUUUCUCCCCUGACGAAAAACAUCUUGAACGAUUUGUUCUUAGCCUUGCAACAUCCGUACAUAUGUCCUAUAUUCGAUAUCGAUUUCCUCGAAUACGAGAAUCAGAAUUACGUUAUCCUGGUUCAGCCGAUCAGCCAAGGUAGUCUGAAAGACUUGAUAUACGGGAUUGAAAGAACCGGCUGGAACGAAGAUUGGGGCCAAAAGUACGCUUCUCGCGGUAAGGGACUCCCCUUGCCUCAGGUUCAACAAAUGGGACGUCAAGUGUUGGAAGCGUUGAUUUUUUUGAAAGAAAGAGGAUUUCCAACCGUGACCCAUUUACACUCGGGAAACGUGCUCGUACAAAACGGUGUCGCGCGGCUCGCCGGCCUCGAGAACACGCUUCUCGGAUUCACCAGUCGAAUACAUCCGGUGAUCACGUCGCGAAUGUCGCAACCAACCACUUCCAUCGACACUAUAUGUUUCGGUCAUAUGCUAUUUGAAAUGUGCGCUGGUUACGAAUUACGAUCGUUUAAACCGAAUUCCGUGCAUCUCUCGGAUCUUGAAAUGUAUCCACAAGUCGUCGAGUUACUGAAAUUUAUAUUCGGUGAACCAACGAACCGUCAGAAAAUCAUACAAGAGCUUCUCGUUCAUGAUUUAUUCAGAAACAUCGAUCUACGUGAAAUGCGAAGCGCUCCCGUAACGAUAUUUCGACCAACUUUAACACCGCCAAUCGUCAACUUGCUCGACGGCAUUAAACGACAAAACGUCAAUAAGAGGCAGAGGUCACGCUCUAUAAGCGACGUGUAUUUAACACGCAAAUUUUGACUCGCAAGCUUGGACGAUACCGUCGACGUCGAUGCAGUGUCUCUGCACAGACCGGACACGGUCUGCGAGAAUUCAUUGCUCGACGAAAUAUACAACGAACUUUCGAACACGGCUGUAUAAUUGUGGGAACAAAGUUUAUU